GGUUAUGUAAUGUUCAGUGCAGUGCAGUGCAGUGGCGUGCUCGGAGAAAGAGCAAAAUUCAUCAUUUGAUUCCAUACGUUUGUUUUUGUUCGCAGUCAAAGUAGAGUAGAGAGAGGAGAGAGCUUGCUUGAUUGUUCGUCUUUUUAUAUCGAUAUAGGUAUCUGGGAGUCUCGUUGAAAUUGGUUCAACUUCACGUCCCGUUCAAACAAGGCUAAAAACAAUAAUAAAAACUGAGCGUACAGCGUUAGUGAGUUCUCAUACGGGCUAUGUUCACGAAUCCCAAGGAAGCAAAAAAAAGAUUGGUUCAGUUUUGCGGAUACCCAUGUGCCUGGUGCACGUUUCGAGUAUAGGAGAAGUAGCGUACUGACAAACAGACUUGGCUAUGGCCAACUUCAUCGGAAAUGCCACGGCGGGACUCGAACCGCGGAUACCUGGUUUGCUGGUUGGGUGAGUUUAAGACUAGUGGGAGGAAGAAAUCGCAGGGGAGCAGGAGGAGCUGGUACUGGUACUGGGACUGGUAGUGGUGUUGUCCAUGGCGAACAACGAGUACGAGCAAUCGCAGAGGCAGAUGGAGUCUUACAAGGCGAUGCUGGACGAUGAAUGGUACAUGGCGCCCCCACCGGCUGCUGCCGGUGGUCAGGAGAGCUCUCUCAUGGACGAGCUUGCUUAUUCUUCAUUGGUUGCCGCUUCUGCUGUGCAGCCGCAACCGGAAACCAGCGCUUCCACCGUUUUUAGCCUGGAUCCAAAUCGUCUGCAAUCGUUCAUGUCCUUUGUACCCAGAAGGAAACAGCCGACACCGCAGCAGCAUCAUGUGACCAACGGCUUGGGUGGAAUGCUGGAGACGGGUGCUUGCGGGGGAAGCCAUUUUGACGGCAAUGUGGGAUUUCUGGGGAGCCUUCCGAGCCUUAGCUCUGGGAUGAGUUUUGGAGGUGGAGUUGGGCUGGAGGGAAAUGGUAUGGUGAAUACGAAUGUGAAUGCGAAUGGUGUGUUUUUUAAUCAGGGUCACAUGGGGGGAGCCCCCUGCACCAUGCAGCCGCCCGCCAUGUUUUGUCUUCCGAGUCCGCAGGCUCAGGUUUUGAGCCCAAGGCUGCAAUUUGGAUGUAGUGAUUAUGGCAGCCUUAAUGAAGUAGAGAGUGGGCUUAAUGGGCUUAAUAUACCCAGGUCCAACAGGUCCAAGGUUCCAAUCCCGCUGGAAGUUGGGCUUCCUAUUUCAGCGCCUACGCUGUUUCAGAAGCGAGCUGCCCUGCGACAUUCUUCUUCUUCUCUUGCGGCUCCUCUGUUGCCCUUGCCUAAAUCAAACUCAUCGCCUGCCCCUGCGGAUGAAGAGAGCCCCAGCACUGCCCGCGGAAAGCGUAGGUCACCUGGUGGAGGGGCAGGGGGAGAUGAUGAUCCCCAGACCCACCAGUUCCAGCACAUUGGAGGAGUAGGGGAAGAUAAUAUGGAUGAGAGUGGUGGUGGGUCAGGGCUGCUUUACGAGACAGACGAUGCCAAGGCGGAUCAGGGCACGGGCAGAGCGCAGGACGGGCCUGGGCCAGGCCUAGAUAAAGGCAAGAAAAAGGGUCUUCCUGCCAAGAAUCUCAUGGCAGAAAGGAGGCGUAGAAAGAAACUCAACGACCGACUUUACAUGCUUCGUUCCGUAGUUCCCAAGAUUUCAAAGAUGGAUAGGGCUUCGAUUCUGGGCGAUGCGAUUGAGUAUUUAAAGGAGCUGUUGCAGCGGAUCAAUGAUCUUCAUACAGAGUUGGAAGGGAGUGGGAGUGCAGAGAGAGGGGCUCUCUUGCCUUCUAACUCACCUUUCCAGCCUGUAACGCCUUCAACGCCUCCUCUUAUCCCUUGCCGUGUCAAAGAAGAAUGCCCAAUGCCCUUGCCUGCUCACUCUGAUGCAGACACACAGCCUGCAAGGGUGGAGGUGAAGACUAGAGACGGAAGGGCAUUGAAUAUCCACAUGUUUUGUGCAAGGCGGCCGGGGUUGCUCCUGUCCACCAUGAGAGCUCUGGAUGAGCUGGGGCUUGAUGUCCAGCAAGCAGUUAUCAGCUGCUUCAAUGGCUUCGCCCUUGAUGUUUUUCGAGCCGAGCAAUGUAGAGGAGGGGAAGUGGCACCAGAGGAGAUAAAAGCAGUACUUUUACAUACUGCAAGCAGUCAGAUGGCAAUGUAGCAGCAGCAGAAGGGUGAUUGAAGAGUUGUACAGUAGCAAGCACAACUAACUUUUACAGUCUAGGAGCCUCACAAAGCUUAUCUGAUUUACCUCAUCUUUACAACUAACAAACCAUAUUUGCUAGCCCGGAGGGAGGGACGUUUUGUAUAUCGACGAAAAAGGUAGUUCAGUUAUUGUCUAAGAAAAAGGCUUUGCCGCUUCUUCCAAGGCUGUGUUUGUCUUUCUCAAUCAAACAACGUAAUAAACACGAUGAAAGCCUCUCUUUUACUGUGUUGAAAAAUGAAUGUAGGCGCUGGGUAACUUGGUAAAAGUAGGUUUCUGUUUAGUUAGCACACGCUCUGUGAAACUCGGAAAAUAUUUACUACAUUCAAUAGUUGGAAAGCGCAGUAGAUUUCAAUAUUUACAUUUAUGGUUUUAGGCCAAAAAAAAGGGAAAUAACAUGAUUAUUUCAUCUGUAAUUGGCAACAUUUUUCGGAUGUGUAGUAGAGCUAAGAUUGGCAUAUGUUAUUGUUCAAUAACAUACUACUUUCUCCUUUUCUUUCGUUUUAAA